AUUGGCUAGUCAAGUCUGAAGCUUUGAAGUCAGUGGUCUACUUUAGUUUUUUCGAGUUUCGAGUGUUUCUGUUAAGUACUUCAGUAAAUAUGUGAUUAUACAUUUUGGUUAAAGUAAAUUCCGUUCAAAAUUUCCUGUUUUCUCUAGACACAAACGUUAGAUAAAUCAGAAAGUUAUGAACCAUGUCUGAUACAAAAGACAACGCAAGAAGCAUUGAAAAUAAUGGACCAUCCACGUCGCAGACCUCGGAAUUUCCACCAUUGCGAUCGAUAAGUUCACAUAACAAUACAGUCAUUAAUAAUGCAAACCCAACUUCUAAGGCCACUUCAAACUCACGGCCAAUACCUACUACAGUUUUUUAUAAUUCCGAUGCCGUAAACGAUUUGGCAAAACAAUACAAUAACAUAAAUAUAACCAAUACUGAAGUCACUCCCCAGAAAUCAAAUACGAGUUCGCCUAAAAAGAAAAAUGCUAGAAAAAAAGGAGAAAAUCUAGAGUUGCAGAUGCCAAGAUCGGAAAACAUUCCUGUCAAUGUCCAGUCCGCUCCACCUGCACCCACUCGAGGCGGCAAGACGUUAGUGCACGAAAUGUUCGUAAACCAAAUCACUCCGUUAUAUGCGAGUACAAGCACGAGGCAUUUAAACAACGCUGCUUAUAUCGCACAAUUCCGUUUGAUGCAAGCAAUGUACUUUCGGGAAAUGUACCAGUAUCAGUACUAUUCAGCAAGCGCACCGAGCACGCCGCUGCUGCAACAGGCUCACAAUUCCAGAUCACAAAACUACCCGCCAACCGUCACACCGCAACACCAUUGGCCUAUAAACUAUUUACAGAAUGUGUAUCAACAUCCUCUCUUAAAUCAGAGCUAUGUAAAUCAGAACCACAUUAAUAACCACAACAUGAAUCGAAAUCAUGCUUUCCAUAACGCCAGGCAAGCACCGGCCGCUCAGAAUAACAACAAAAAUUCACCAAUAAGUAGAAAGCAAACUAAAAAUAAAGACCAGAAUGAUGAAAAAAAAUUUGACGCCUACAUCUCUGCAGAAGAGGUGGAAGCUGGUUUGAAUAACAAUACACUACUCGAGGGUGUUUUGAGAAUAAACCCCAAACAGUUCCAACAUUCGUAUGUGUCUAUGGACAGAAAUGAGCAGGAUGUUCUCAUAGAAGGUAUCAGAAACAGAAACAGAGCCUUUGAAGGUGAUGUCGUUGUUGUACAGUACAUUGAAUGUGAAGCUGAAGAAAAAGAUGAUGACAAUAAACAAAAGAGAGGCAAGGUAGUGUAUAUAAAAGAGAAGGUUCACAACAGAACAUGUGUAGGAGUAUUAAAACUGAUGGCUGAUAAAAAUAGGCAGAAGGCUCUAUUUGUGCCCAGAGAUAGCAGGAUUCCACGUCUCAACAUCCCAUGUACGAACUGGCCUGACAACUUUUACCAAGAUGUAAAAAGUUAUGAAAACACCUUAUUUUUAGCAAAAGUUUCAGAUUGGUAUGACACAAGAUUUGCUGUCGGCAACAUUAUAUGUAACAUUGGUGAAUCUGGUGAUAUGCAGACGGAGACUAAAGCUAUUCUUGCCCAAACUGAUUUAGAUGUAACACCUUUUGGGCCUGAAGUUAGACAUUUAUUUCCUCGUUUAGAUUAUACCAUACCAGAUGAGGAAAUCAAACUUAGAGAAGAUUGUAGACAAUUAUGCAUUUUCAGCAUUGAUCCCUUUAAUUGUCGUGAUAUAGAUGACGCUGUUUCAUGUAGGAAACUAGGAAAUGGGAACUAUGAAAUUGGAGUUCACAUAUCGGACGUUGGCCAUUUUCUUACUGAAAACACAGUACUGGAUGAAAAAGUAGCAGAAAAGGCCACAACUAUUUACAUGGUACAGAAGGCCUACCACAUGUUGCCGGAUGAAAUGUGCAUGUUGUGCUCACUGUUUCCUGGUGUAGAUAAACUUGCAUUCUCAGUUUUUUGGGAAAUAAAUGAGAGCGCUCAAGUAAUUAGUCAUAGAUUUGCAAAAACAGUAAUAAACUCCUGUUGCCAGUUAGCAUAUGAUCAUGCUCAAGCCGUCCUUGACGAUAAAGAAGAUGCAGAGAAAACUUUUCCUGAAUUAUACAAUGGAUUUAAAUAUCAAGACAUUUAUGAUACAAUAAAAACACUAGGUAAAAUAUCUGCAAUUUUCAGAACUAAAAGAUUUCAAGAAGGUGCCCUACGUAUUGACCAACCGAGAGUUUCUUUUCAUUUGAACCCCACAAGCGGCUUGCCAGAUUCCUAUUGGAUAUAUGAUAGUAAGGAAAGUCAUCAGCUCAUUGAAGAGUUCAUGCUUCUUGCAAACAUGACUGUCGCUAAAAGAAUUCACGAGGACCAUCCUAAGUUGGCAUUUUUAAGGUGUCAUCCACCACCGAGCUCUUAUAUGCUAAAUCAGCUCGCCAAGUCCCUGAAACCAAUGGGUAUCAAUAUUGAAAUAUCUUCAGCUGGUGAUUUACAUAAAUCAUUACUACCUUACAUGAACCCGGAGUAUGCUGAUCGUGGUAAAGCUAUGGUGCUGAAUAUGCUGUGCGCUAAGCCAAUGACUAGAGCUAAAUACUUCUGUGCAGGGGGCUGUGAGGAUGAUGAUGAUUUUGGUCAUUAUGCUCUAAAUGUUCCUCUGUACACACAUUUUACUAGUCCAAUUAGACGUUAUGCUGAUAUUAUGGUUCAUAGAUUGUUAGCUGCAAGCUUGAAUUACAGAGAUGUACCGAAUUGGGAAGUUGACAAAGUGAGAAUGAUCGCAGCUCAGUGCAAUAAACAGAAGUACAAUGCUAAGAAGGCUGGAGAGUUGUCCACAGAACUAUAUACCCUUAAAUAUAUUGAGAUGAAUUCUCCACUGGUGACAGAAGCAGUUGUUGUAGAUGUCAGAGAAAAGUACAUUGAUGUUAUUAUUGUUGCAAUGGGGUUGAAUAGAAGGAUAUUCUUCAAUAAUGAUUUCCCAGGCGAGUACAAAUGUAUAAAAAACGAGGCCGGUGCUAAGCUAUCAAAAAUGGAAUUAAAAUGGCACAAAACUGACUCCUCUCCACAAGUGGAGCAGGUUAUAGAAGUAUUUUCGCUGUUGCAAAUAGAAAUGCACAAAGGUGAUGAUAUGGUUAAAGUCGAGACUAAACUUGUACGACCACAAUAGUGUGUUUUAGUCACACUUAUACAUUGUAUUUUUUUUUUUAUUGUUGACUGUGUAGAAAAUUACACGAUAAUGCUUGUAAGCUCGUUAAGCUACCAAACAGAUCUUCUCAUAAAGAGAAUUCUUAACGAGACUUUACUAUAUGUAAUAUCUAUAGAAGCCUAAGGGCUUGUUCACGUUGACUCGCGAGUGCGGAGGCGGGCGCUAUCACAAAAUAUCAAAAAAAGUGCAAAAAUAUAGCUUGACAAGUUCAUGACAUUCCCCUGAUAUGCGGGCGACGGGGGAAAAGACUGCGCGGGUGUGAAUUCGUGCACAAGGAAUUUGCACGCGAAAUUGCGCGCGCGGGGCAUCACUACCUCCCCUCCCGGCCCGCGCGGACCAUCGGGAGUGUUACGAACGAAUUUUGCCAAGCUGUAUGUUCACGUAGAACUAGCGGCAGAUGAUUUAAUGUGGGUCUUCUCCUCCUGAGUGAGUCAUUUGAGAGAAUAGACUUCGAGGCUUUGCUUCCUUGCCCGGACGGACGCGGGGGAGGUUGCUGUACUGGCGAGUUAUUCCAGUUAAGUCCUUUUAAGGCUGAGGCGCUCUUGUCUACGGAAUGUGUUGAUGAUUCUGUGCCUGUACGCUGGGGUUUGUCCUGUGGUUGGUCCCAAUUUUUGUCAUGUCCAACUAUGAAUUUUCGAUUAAAAGUGUAUGAUUGUACAUGUUUUUAGUUACUCAUACUCGGGCAAACACCUGGCGGACAAUGUAAAUAGUAGCUCGCCAGUCGCCUAUCCUACCGCGCUCGCUUCCGCACUCGCGCCCGCUUGUGUACGUGAUUAAACACUCAACCAAAAGACAUAUACUUACUUUUUUAUUUUAUGUUAUUUGGAAUGUUAGUACUUAAUAAUAAAAUGAAUUUAAAAUGAUUUUGUAUUAAAUCUGGAAGCGUAAAGCUCAUAAAAUAAGCAUUUUUAAUAGACACAAAAAAUACACGAAAGUACGGUCUAAAAUAUUCAAAUUGAUUCACCUAGGAAUCGCACCUUUUUGAGCAGUAGUAUUAGCUAAUAACCCAAAAUUUUGAAAUGGGUUUAUUUUUAUGGUAUCGGUAUUUACGAAAAAGAACUUUUAAAAUUUACCAUAGAUGUGAAGUACAUACUAUUUUUUAAUAUUAAAUAAAUUAUUCUACAUUUUUUUACUAUGAUACUUUUACCUUUUUAAUGUAGUUGAAUGUUUGAAACCUUUUUAAAUUGUUUAAAAAUUUUAAAUCUUUAAUAUAAUUAACUCUUGUAAUGCUAAUGCUAGCCGCUCACCAUCCAAUAAGUCCACGUGCCUGCAGCACUAACGGCUUGACAUCCGAUAAAACUGAUCGUGUGUUAGUCGCGAUGUGCAUGAUAUCAUGAUGAUCGCGAGCUUAUUGAAUGGUGAGUGGCUAACAUUAUAUUUUAUUUUUGUAAUGUAAAAAAAAAUCUUUUCAAAGUUAACCCACUUGUGUGGUACAAGUGUUGAUGUAGUGUGCUACAGAUUUUGAAAUUUCAUUAGUACAAGUAAGCACUAGGAUAAUAAUUAAAACUAAUUAUUAUUAGUAUUUUUUCAAGUGAGUAUUUUUAUAUGUAUUGUUGUAUGUAUGAGUGCGAGGUUUUGUACUUAUUUGAUUCAGUAAAAGUAAACUUCAAUAGAGAAUG